AUGUCUGACCUGAACCCAUUCCUCCUUGCCGCAGUUACACCAGACCCCGACCCUCGUCUCCUCCCACUCCUACGCUCAAGACCCGAGUUGGCAUCGGCACAGGAUGCUCAUGGUUAUUCCUUGCUACAUGCAGCCGCAUCCUACAAUCACGUGGACCUGUUGAAAGUGUUGGCCGGUGAAUUCAAGGUUGACAUCAAUUUGAAGGACGAGGAUGGAGAAACCUGUUUGUUCGUUGCCGAAACUACAGAAGUUGCAAGCUGUCUGGUCGAAGAAUUGCACAUUGACGUCGGAAUCCGGAACGAUGAAGGCAUGACCGCCGAGGAGAAAUUUGAGGCUGAGCAAGAAUAUCCAGAGAUUGCACAGUAUCUUCGACGCCAUGCAUCUUCUGGAGCGGCCAGCGGAGACGCCGUGUCUAACCGCAUGGAACCUGUUUCAAACGGCAUUCAAUAUCCUCCAACCCUUCCGCCCAAUGUAACCAUCAACAUUGACACUGCGGUCCCCGGCCCGGCUAGCAACAUGGAGCAAGAACCCGAUCCAGAAUUCAGGAGAAGAAUCGAAGAGCUAGCUGCCAGCGAAAACUUUCACACAGAGGAGGGCCAAAGAGAAUUGCGCGAGUUGAUCACAGAUGCUGUAAGGGAGGUUGGCAACGACGAAAGAGAUGUUCGCCGACGAUUCGCUUGA